AGAGAGUGAAGGUCUUCCUGCAGGGAACCAGGGUGACCCACUCAUGGGGUGGAGAGCCAGGGGCUGGAGCUGAAGACCAGAAGAGCUGCAAACCAGUGCCAUUUUCAUGCUGCCCUGAAGAGAACGCUCUGACUGUGGUCAGCUGGUGCUUAGCCACAGUGGCUUGCGGUAGCACCAAAUGUCCCGGUGAUCUAGCACUGACUAGAUCAGCUGGUGGCAACGAGGAACACGUGGAAGCCAGGAACUGAUUUCACAACAAUGAGAUGCCUCACCCACCCGCUGCUCAGGAGGUUGUUUGGUCUCUCACCUCAGUGUGUGCCAGGGGGAUUGAGUCAAAGUGAAUGUCCUAUCCUCAGUCCAAAGCAGUCAUCUCUGAGGCAGAGCUGCGGUGCAAGACCUCGGCUUGUGACUGCCACUGAUGUGGUCAAAUACUGGCAGAAGGUGUUUGAGACAAAUGGGAUCCCUGAAGCAAGAGAAUCCAGUGAAUAUAUCCUGGCAUUUGUCCUGGGAGCAAAAACAUUUCAGAGUUUGAACUCCAAAAGCCUCCACACUCCGCUUACAGCAGCGCAGCAGGAGCAAAUCCAGCAGCUGAGCAACAAGCGACUAGAAAGAAUGCCGGUGCAGUAUGUGCUUGGUGAGUGGGACUUUCAGGACCUGACUCUGAAGAUGAGACCCCCAGUAUUUAUCCCUCGGCCUGAAACAGAGGAUCUCGUCUCUUUAGUUGUGGAGGAAGAAUCUCAGAAAUGUGAGAAGAAUUCAGGCCUCUGCUUUCCCGUUUCUGUCCCUCGUCCUGUGAUCCUGGAAAUCGGCUGUGGCUCUGGAGCAAUUGCUCUGAGUCUGUUGUGCAAACUGCCACAGAGCCGGGUGAUAGCUGUGGAUAAAGAGAAAGCUGCUGUGGAUCUCACCAGGGAGAAUGCACAUAGGCUGCAACUCCAGGAGAGAAUCCACAUCCUCCACCAUGAUGUUUCAUACAAUUCUGCCAAGCAGCUGCUGCUCUGGGGCCCCACAGACUUCAUAGUCAGUAACCCCCCAUAUGUCUUCCAUGAAGACAUGGCUUCCUUGGACGCAGAAAUCCUCCGCUAUGAGGACCUUGAUGCACUGGAUGGGGGAGAUGAUGGGAUGAGAGUCAUCAAAACAAUUCUGGCUCUGGCUCCUUCUCUUCUGAAGGACUCUGGGAGCGUGUUUCUGGAAGUUGAUCCCAAACAUCCAAAUAUGGUGGAGAACUGGCUACAGGCACACCCCAACUUACUACUCGUCCUUCGUGCCAUUCACAAGGACUUCUGUGGCAAGCCUAGGUUUCUGCACAUCCAAAAACAAAGCAGAUGACAACUGUACCAGAAAUAACUCUUCUUGCAGUAUGCUUUU